AUGGACCUUUCUCCGCGAGCCCUUGUCAGGCUCCUCCUGCCCCGCCUGCCACUACUGCUCAAGACGAUCGUCUUGAACACGCUCUCUCUGUCACCGAGUUCAUCAAAGCAAGAUUUGACAACAGAGGUGGUUGUGGUUGUUUUGCGAUCUAUUAUGAGUGUUAGAAAACCCAUGGGAUAUCUGCAACACAUCUCCACGAAGGACCCUGGAAUCAAAGGGCCGAUAUUAAUCGCCAAAGUGACCAUUCCGCCACCCCUUGACGAGAUCGGCCCGAGAGAUGCUAUCGUGGAUGCUAUAAAGGAGCUUGGGAACGGCAGCGAAACAUACAAUCUUCCCAACGUCGUGGGCGUGGAAGCUGAAUGGACUGGCUUCAGGAAAGGCGUGCCUGCCAAUGAACCUAGACCAGAUGUAUCAGAAGACGACCAUUAUAGAAUUCUGAUGGCAAGCGUUUCGACUAGCACCACGAUUCUCUAUUUCCAUGGUGGUGCCUAUUUUCUGAUGGACCCGGCAUCGCACAGACAGCCAGUUGCCCGUCUCGCACGGCUGACUGGCGGUCGCUGCUAUUCUGUUAGAUACCGUCUAGCUCCUCAAAAUCCUUUCCCUGCUCAGUUGCUCGACGGAUUGGUGGCCUAUUUGUCGCUCCUGGCGCCUCCCAAGGGCUUGCCCCACGACCCUGUGCCUGCGAAACAUAUUGUAUUUGCUGGGGACUCUGCUGGUGGUAAUCUUGCCGUGGUAUUGUUGCAGCUCCUCCUGACUCUGCAGAGAAUGGGUGUGAGCAGCAUCAAAUUCCACGGAGUCGACGUCCCCGUUGAACUUCCGGCGGGCAUUUGCCCUAACAGUGCGUGGGCCGACAUAUCUCGCUCAAUGCCUUCGAUAAACAAUAAUGCUCAUCUGGACUACCUGGAUCCACCUACUGCCGAAGGAGUUUCAAAGGCCGAUCCUCUUCCGGACGAUCUGUGGCCGACACGCCCUCCCCGAGCAAAUAUCUUCUGCAACGCAUCAGUCAUGGCACAUCCUCUCGUGUCACCGCUAGCUGCUGGCCCGGACCUCUGGAAGGGGAUGCCUCCCGCAUGGCUGUGCUUGGGAAAUGAAGGCUUGGAGGAUGAGAUCACGAUUCUUGCACGCAGAAUGCAUCAGGGUGGUGGAGUGGUGGAUUUCGUGGGCUACGAGGGGAUGCCACAUUGCUUUGCCAUGGUGUUUCCCAAAACUCCGAAAAGCAGAGAUUGCUUCGAGCGACAGGCAAACUUUUGCUCGGCUGUCGUCGCGGGAACCGGCCCGGGUUCGAGUAGAUUUGUAUGGGUGAAGGCGUUUGCGAAACCAUUAAGCGUGGAAGAGCUACAUCCGGAUCAACUGAGUAAACCUACUGAUCAGGAGGUGACAGACGCGAUAAACAAGAUGCAGAACCAUGCAAAGAAGAGGGAGGAAGAAGCCCUGACGAAAUGGAACGAACAGCACACUAGGGCCAGACUAUGA